AUUCACACCAACAACCAACAACAACUACUACUACCAACAGCCCAAUACCACCCUCAACCAGCAACAUGGUUUCCAAGACGAUUGUGUUUGCCCUCGCAGCCUGCGCCUUCCUCGCUGCUGUCGCUCAAGCAGCGCCUGCCGACGAUGAGUCGAUGGUGUUCUUGCGGGUGCCUCGCGCCGCCCAGCGUCAGGUGAUGAUGCGCGGCUUCGUCGGCUACAGACGCAGAAACGGCAACCCCAUGAGCUUCGCCCACGGUUUCGCCGGCGCCCGCUCCCAGGACGCACCUGCUUAUGCCCCUGUUGAAGACGAAGAGGAGCAGGACGAGCCCGAGACCAAGCCUGAGCCUGUUGAGGCUGACGAGCCUGUGAAUGAGGAUGAAGAGGAACCCGCCCCCGUCCCCGUUGUUCCCACCAGGAAUUGCAGGAGACCCGGCCGUGCCCAGCGUCCUGCCAAGGCCCCCAAGCCCGCCAAGCGUCCCACCACCACCACCCCUGCCCCCGCUGAGGAGGAGGAAGAGUACGACGAUGAACCCGUUGUGCCCGCCAACAAGAAGAACCGUGGAGGCGCCACCGCUAUCGCCACCGCCGUCAGCCGUGGAGCCGGAGCUUCUGCCCUCAGCAACGCUGUCGCCUACGGAGGCACCUUCUCCGGAGGCAGCUUCAGACACCGUUACGCUAAGGGAAGCCAGUAAAUCUCCCGCACACCUCUGCCCGGAUCCAAUCGACGACCAGACCAGCCCUUAAUUUAUAAACGCCACCCCUGCAUCGGCCGCAAAAUUCAAACCCCAGCUUGACUCGACACUUAGGUCGGGUCAAUCAGCACUGCCAGUACAUAUCACGACGAACCCCAGCUAGGCUUUGCCCGAGUUUAAUUCGAGUGUCAUGCCUAUUAAUUAUUUUUGUAGAUGCCUAUCUAGUUGAGCAAAUGAAAAACCCAAAAACAUAAUGAAAAUGUUUAAGUAGUUUUUUAUAGAGGUCCACUUUUUUGUAGUAUACAAUGCAAACACAUAUUUAUGACAAAUAAAAACAUAAAAGAAAAGCAA